AGGUUACGUGAGUAUUCAGUACCAUUGAAAAAUAUUAUAAUACGUACGCUGGUGUGUGAUCGAUACAAGACGCACACACUCACAGUUUUGAGGCUCUGCGCAUGCCCGAAGUACAUACCAUGUGACUUUAUCAGGCUAAACUGUUCAGUCCCUGCACUGUUUCUGUAGGCACAUCGAUUUGACAUUCACUACUGUCCAGAGGUGUGGGUGUACAAGGUGCGCGAAACAGGCUGCCCAGUAAACAUCCCGUCAGCUGGCUGCUUAUAUAUUAACAAAAAUGACGUGUUAUAAAAGGAAUUUACGUACUUCCUCGUUUUAUAAUUUGUGUUUUAAAAGUAUCUCCAAAGUGUUAACGAGUAAUUAGAGAAAAUAAAUCGUAUUUACGAUGGCUGAAUUAGCCAGAUAGUGUACAUGUGUGAGAUAUGUGUUUGUUAUUCAAUGUGUGCUUUGUGCAGGACAGAUGAGUGCCAUUUUAAAUUCACUCAGGAAUUUGGCAAGUUCUUCAAAAUCCGGGACAGCUGGAGAUACAAAUGCCCGGUUUGGUGUGGUGCCGGGUCACGAGGGCCCUGGCGAGGGAGGCUUCGCAGAAUGGCUGCAUGCAAUGCGAUUGGUCGCUCGGCUCCCAGCUGGCGUCCCUCAACACUUCCGCAGAAAGCUAUGGCUCACGCUGUCGGAACGUCACCUCAGUUCCAGAAAGAUCGACUGGCCGGUUGCCGAGCGUGCCUGUUUCAGAGGCACAGCACAGCCCGACGACGCAGAACUAAGCGCUCAAAUUCUCAAGGACUUACAUCGUACAGGAUGUUCCCUAUUUUGUGGAACGGAGGGUCGAGAGAACCAGGCAAUGCUGCGAAGAGUUCUAUUGGCUUACGCGCGAUGGAACAAAGAUGUUGGCUACUGUCAAGGCUUCAACAUGCUAGCUGCAAUUAUUUUAGAAGUAAUGGAAAAGUCUGAAUCAGAUUCCUUAAAAGUAAUGGUAUAUUUAGUUGAAGCAGUUUUACCUGAAGGUUACUUCGCUGAUGAUCUCCGGGGGUUGUCUGCCGACAUGGCAGCGUUUCGUGAUCUAUUACGGCUACGCUUACCUAAGCUAGCUCGACAUAUGGAUUACUUGCAAAGGAUAUCUGACGGUGGAGGUGUGGAACCACCACUGCCGGAUGUGUUCACAAUGCAAUGGUUCCUAACGCUAUAUGCAACGUGGUUACCCCGAGAUUGUUUACUAAGAAUAUGGGACCUAAUACUUUUAGACGGAAAUGAAAUAUUGCUUUUAACAGCCUUAGCCAUUUGGGAUAUGCUCCAAGAUCGUAUACUGUCCGCUCGGUCUGCAGAUGAGUUCUACAGUUGCAUGGGCGGAGGUGCGAGUGCUGUGUAUGAAGCUGGGGAUGCUCUCGUAGCUCGAGUGGUUGCCUUCAACUCAGCUCCCGAACUGCCCAGACUAAGAAGUCUUCACCGCUAUAGGGUUACGCCUCCUGUUACAUCCCACACCCGACCUACUUAUCAUCCACCUAUGCAAUCGGCGAUGCAAUCGAUGACAAAGAGAGGGUUGCGAUUAUUUUAUUCAGAAGACGAAGGUGAAUCUAGUGACGAUAGUAAUAAAAUGGCUCUCGCUACGGUAAUGCCUAGGCGUCAGGAACAAUCAGGUACAGGCGACAGACUAUCGCUAGAUAUUGGGGCUUUAAAACGACAAUACGCUCGGCUCCGAGAGCGACAAAGACAAGCUCACGUCAUUUUAGCUGCGGCGUGUGCUCGACAUGCAGCAGUUGGUGUACCAACGUCGCCCACGUCGCUAACUGUUAACAAUUUACUCUUGGGUAAAAGUGCCAUUGUUAGUUCAAGAGGCCGCAGACUUGGGCCACCUCCAGGAGCAGUGCCACCAUCUAGACAUAGUUCAAUUAAUCACGAAAAAACAUCGUCUUACAUGAGCAGUACUUCGAGUGAGACCAUAAGUUGGAAGGAAGCCAAGAGUCGUAGAUCACUAGAGAGGCGAAACUCCGUCAAGUGGAAAGAUGCAAAAAUGGAUAAAGCUCUUAACAAAAAUAGAAAAGCAUCCAUUGAUUUAGAUGAAACUGGUGAUGGAAUUAUAGUGUCAGAAAUGGAAGCUAACGAGAUGAUUGCAGCAAGUGAUAUUUGUAGCAAAUCGCUAGAUAAGGGAACUGAGAUAUGUGAACAAUUUGUGACUGACAGUCAAAAUCAAUAA